AUUCGUAUAUAGACGCUGGAAUUGAGAAAUGGUAGGUUCACAUCUUUCCACCAGUUCCCAGGAAUCUCAGAAAUCUGACAGUGACUAUGCAGAAUGUGCACCGCAUGCUAGCAGUUACAAAAAGACUAAAAAAAUGAAGGAUCCUGACGAGUUAGAAGGAUACAAGAUGUAUAAUGGUUCUUACACGAGAGACCUUGGUAACAACGAAGGGGAUUCAAGUAGCAGGGAAACUGACAAUUCAUUUGCCAAUAGUUCACCUCCGUCAUCAGUAAGCCGGACUACGAAAGAACGAAAUGGCAUUCCCAGUCCAGCAAACCCGAGAUUUAAAGAUGAUAAGGCAUCAAACAUGGACACUUCUGAAAAUUCCUGA